AUUUUUCAAUGGAUACCUGGCCAUCUUUGCCAUUACCCACAAUGCAUCAUUCAAUUGUCGGUGACGAAAGGCUAGGCGUAUUCGCGAUAGCUUGAUAAAAAUAUUUGUAACAAAAUUGACAAACAUGCCUAAGAGUCGAAGGAAGCACUUAUAUGACGAAGAAUACGACGCACGUUCAUAUACUCAUCUUGUUUCCCAAGGACAAGGAAUUGCACAGACACCGUCACACAGUAAUUAUGGCAGUUCAAAAAAACGUCUGAAGAAAAAAAAAAGUCACAGAAAAAGAUCCAAAGAUCGAGACGAACGAUCUCAACCUCAGAAGUCUUUGGUUGAUUACGAUGACAUUAGCUCCGACUCGGAUAUUGUUUCUGUCAGUCCACCAUCAAGUGGAGCAGUUACUUCCAAAACAGUUGGACAAUCGACUUCAUCGGGUCGAACAGGGAGUCAUUCACGUCUUCACGGUGCAGGAAAAAGAGCAGAGUCGCCAGCAACUGCGUUGAGACUUUAUCGAGAUGGUAGAAGUCGAAGUAAAUCUCCUCAUCGUGGUGAAAGUCCUCGUCAGCGUUCUCACCAAGUUGGCCGAUCGAAAAGCAGUAAGAAAUUAAAACGUUCACAUUCUCAUCUCUCUCCUGAUUUUGAUAAUGGCUCUCAAUCUCAUAAUACACACAGUCAACUUCACAGUCAAAGAGACAAAUAUUCUUCUUUGGCAAGUUCUUCUACUUCUAGACAUCCAACUGCAGAAUCUAGUAGAGACUUUCCUAAAGCAUAUGCUGAUUUGCCGAAAGCUUAUAGUUCUGAUUAUAAGGACGUUGCAGUAGAUAAAAGAUACAGGAGUCCAAGUCCAUACAAAUAUGAUAAAAAUCCUAAGAGAGACAGAAGAAAUUCAAGAAGUCCUUCCAAUAGGAAGCAUAAAUAUUCUUCAGGAAGAAUCACUUCAAGUCCAAGUAGAUAUCAGAAAAAAAGCUUUUUACAAUCUCCUGCUCGGGGUCAUGGGCGUCUUUCACCAAGUCCUUCAAGGACAUCUUCUUUGACAAGAACUAAAUUUAAUAAUAAAUCUUUGCAAUAUGCUUCCUCUUUAGCAGCUGAAUUAAGUAAACACAGAAAAGCUAGAGAAAAUAAGAAAAGGAGGUUUGGUAUAGAUAUAAGCUCAUUAGACAGCAAAACCAAUUCACCAGAUUUGGAAGUUAUUAGUCGAUCUCCAACACCUGUUCAUGUGAAAGGCUCUUCUCAUGCUACUCAAAAGGCUAAUUCUCCAUUGAAAACGAGUCCUAUUUCUAGUAUUUCUGGGCAAAGUGACAUGGUAUAUAGUAACCAAUCACUACAAAUUGAAAAUAGACAAACUCAACCACAAGCUGCUACAGACAGACAUGCUUUAGACCUGAAUAUGAAAGGGAAUGUGCAAGACAUAGAUAUUAAACCAAAAAGUAACCAGAUGUCAACACUACCUCAUCUGCCUCUUCCAGAUGUUGGGCCCGAUGAAGAUAUGGAUUUAGAACAGAGUCCUUACAGUGAAAUUAAAGCUGAAGAGAAAGAAAAAGAAUUGGCUCGUCCUAGAGGUAUAAGAGAUCUUCCCAUGCCACCAAUAGUAGAUGAACCAGAGGCUGAUCCUGAAGAACUUCCACAGAAAAUGCCCAACAAGAGAGAAGAGGGCCCUAAAUUAAAACGUCCCAAAAUGUGCCACCUUCGUCGUUACAAUGACAGACAAGGCGAUUGGGGUGAAAGAUGUGUUGAUGUAUUCGACAUUAUCCAGAUUAUUGGCGAAGGCACAUAUGGGCAAGUUUACAAAGCCAGAGACAUAAAUCAAGGAACAUUAGUUGCACUUAAAAAAGUGAGACUUGAAAAUGAAAAGGAAGGAUUUCCAAUAACUGCUGUGCGUGAAAUCAAAAUUUUAAGACAACUUCAGCAUCCAAAUAUUGUUAAUUUGAAGGAAAUAGUUACAGACAAACAAGAUGCCCUUGAUUUUAAAAAAGAUCGAGGUUCUUUUUAUCUUGUUUUUGAAUAUAUGGAUCAUGAUUUAAUGGGUUUGUUGGACUCAGGUUUGGUCUUUCUAAGAGAUGAGCAUAUAGCUUCCUUUAUGAAACAGCUUCUUGAAGGUUUACAGUAUUGUCACAGAAAAAACUUUUUACAUAGGGAUAUUAAAUGCUCAAACAUAUUGCUUAACAAUCGAGGUCAAAUCAAACUUGGUGACCUGGGACUUGCAAGAUACUAUCAUGCUGAUGAUAAAGAUAGACUUUACACCAAUAAAGUAAUUACACUGUGGUACAGACCCCCAGAGCUAUUACUUGGAGAAGAGAGAUAUGGACCAGCCAUAGAUAUGUGGAGUUUAGGGUGUAUUUUAGGUGAACUAUUCACAAAAAAGCCAAUAUUUCAAGCAAAAGAGGAAUUCGCUCAAUUAGAAUUAAUCAGCAGAACAUGUGGUUCACCUUGUCCUGCUAAUUGGCCUGAAGUUAUAAAACUUCCACUGUUUCACAGUUUUAAACCAAAAAGACAGCACAGGAGAAGAUUAAGAGAGGAGUUCUCGUUUCUUCCUAAGCUUGCUCUUGAUCUCAUGGAUCACAUGCUGGAGUUGGAUCCAAGUAGAAGAUGCACAGCUGAACAAGGUCUUAACAGUCCAUGGCUCAGAGACAUAGAUCCGAAUAGCAUUCCACCUCCUGAUUUGCCCAAAGAUCAAGAUUGUCAUGAACUUUGGUGCAAAAAUCGUAAAAAAGAAAUGAGAGAAAUGCAAAUUAAAGAACAAGAUUUUGGGUCUAAAAGUCAGUUGCCCAGAGCUCAACAAAUGAAACCAUUUACUAAUGUAGAUGCAAAAAUGCUUCUUAAAGCAGUACCUAGCAUUGAACAGAAAGAUGAUUCUGAUUCUGGAAAACAAGUAGAUUCUACUGUGAUUGGAGAAAAUAAGGAAGCACAGAUUCAGCUGUCCAAACUUGUAUCUUUAUUGCAAAGCCAACAGAAUAUGAGUGUCUCUCAAAUUGCCAACAAACUUAAUAUCUCUGUUAAUUCACAAACUUCUAUGCUUUUAAAUAAUUUGAAGCAUCAGUUGAUCAAUGCAUUUUCAAGUGUUCAGAAAAAUCUAGGAUCUGAAAAAUUUGACCCUAUUUCAGUGAUACCCAAUCCUCUUUCCACUAUGCAAAGUCUGUUAUCUGGAGGUUCAACUUUGCAAAAUGUGCCAUCUGGCUCUACAUAUUCUGGACUAUCACAGUUUCCAUUAGUCAAUGAAGUUGGACAAGGGGGAAAUAAAAAUAGCAAUUCCAUGUCAUUUUUUGAAAGCAGUACAAACAAGCAUAAGAAUUCAGAAUACUCAAAUCAAGAGUCAAGUUCUGACAAGCAUGCAGGUGUUAAAGCAGCUCUUGCUCAAAUGCUUUCCCAGCAAGGAAUAGGUGUAAAAAUGGGAGGAAAUCAGUAUGAUGGAUCUUCAUCUUCCACAUUUUCACCUGGCAUGCCAUAUAAUUCACAGACAUCAUUUACCAAUCCCUUAUAUAGCCACUCACUAGAUUCAUCAUUUAAUAGUCAUUCUGCAAGGGAUUCCCAAAAUACUUCUAGUUAUGAUGAUAAAGGUAGUUCCUUUCCAGAUGAGAAAUUGCCACUUAGAACAGGUCAUAGUUCCCAAUAUUAUCCGCCUUACAGAGAUGCUUCAAGGCCAUCUGGUGGCUCUUCUGUAAAUUCAGACAAUCUUGAUAGAGAAUAUGGUGGACCUGGUUCCUUUGAUUCCAGACUUGAAUGGUAGUUUUAUAAAGUAAGUUACAAGUAUUGAUAUAGUCUGUGCCUUCUGCAACAUUUGCUACAGUGUAUUUAAUGACUAAAGAAUAGUGAAACGUCAUUGUUGUACAAAGGAUAUUGUGUUCAGGUACUUUGAUUUAUUUAAAGAGAAAUUCAAUGUCAUUGUCAAUAAUAAAAUUGUACAUUUCCAAAGUCAAUAACUAGUGACUGAUCUUAGUAAGCUUAUUAAGCCAUCCAAAAAAAAAAUUUCCGAAAUUCCACGUCAUCAGGUAAAUUCAUUUUAUGAUUACUUUCUUGUUUUCAUUGCAAGACUUCAGAACUUUUUUCCCCCAAACAUUGAUUUGAAUGUGUAUAUAUUGUAUUUUUCUAACAAUAUAUUGAUAUAUUGUUAAAUGACUUUCCUGUGAUUUAUUUUAUAAAAGUCAUUUGUUUUUUUUAAAUGUAUAGUAAUGUUGUAUCUUCUUUUGAUUGUCUGGCUGUGGAAAAGAAAUGUAACAGCUCUGAUACUUAGAAUGUUUCACAAGUUCUUUUCCAUACCAGGCAGCAAAACAAAACAAAAAGACAAAGUAAUGGUUUGAGGAAUUGCAACAUGUUUUGUUAAUAAAAUGUCUUUAUUUCAAUUAAAAAUAGUUAACUUGUGACAUUGUUUUGUGUUGGUGAAUAGUGUUGAAUGGUUUUAAUCAACCACAAUGCUUACUGCAAGAAUUUUAAAGACAAGUACAAUAGAUAAAUUAACUGAAAGUGACUAUCACACAUUGUAUAUGAUAAAAAACGUAUUCCUAAUUAUAAUCUUCUGCCUUGAAAUUUGUUUUCUGAAUGGGUUAGAUUUGUUUGCAGAAUAUUUGUAGGGGCUUUAUUAAUUUGAAUUAUUUAAGGUUUGGUUUAGUUCGCAUUAUCUAUUCAUGUAUGCACAUUGAUAACAUUUGAUGAGCUCAACAUAAUCUUUUCUCAACACAUGUCCAGUUUUCAGUGAGAUAAGUUUUAAAUCAAUCAGAAGGCUAAAAAAAAUAUCUGAAGCGCUUUUGAAAUAAUAAAAACCCUUAGUAAUUUAAAUUAGCAUUUCUGCUGUAGUUUAUGUGGAAACAUAAAAAGUUUCUUUAUAUUAAUAGAGGUAGUAAUAAUGUUGAGUCAUCGAUUGUACUGGAGGGUCACAUUUUCUUUAAAAAAAAUUAGGUCGUGUAUGCUUGGAAAAUAUUUUUUGCAAUGAAAUCAAAUUAAAAAAAAAAUACUAUUGGUAAAAAUAAA